AUGGUGGCCUGGCUCUUGCUGCUGCUGAUGCUGCUGCUGAUGCUGAUGCUGAUGCUGAUGCUGAUGCUCUUGCUCUUGCUCUUGCUCUUGCUCUUGCUGAUGCUCUCGCUCUUGCUCUUGCUCCCCGUCUUGCUCCUCCGGAUGGUUAUGGUCGUGAUGUUGGUGGUGUUGAUGAGAUUCUGUGGCUCGAAUCAAAUCCACUCGCAUAAUUCGUCGGUCUACUGUCAAGCAUGUGGCACGGUACAAGAGGAGUCUCAAAUUGUAUCGGAUGUCACUUUUGGUGAGAAUUCUGCGGGUGGAGCAGUCGUACAGGGCUCGUAUGUGAGCGCAGGUCAGUCCCACGUACGGUCCAGCAACCCUAGAUUCCGUUCAGGCGGCGUGGGCGAGUCUCGUGAACAAACGAUGAGCCGAGCUAGAGAGGCGAUACAAAGGAUGGGCAGAGCCAAUCGAGUGUCAUUGUCAACUUGCGAAAAAGCUCUGCGAUGGUUCAACCUUGCACUUGAUGGCGUCCCUGAGGUGCCCCUGCAGAAUGGACUACCGCAACCGAAGAAUUACAUCUUGGGAAGAAAGCAGGAGUACACCGUGGCCGCCUGCCUCUACGUCGCCUGCCGAUACGCAAAGACUUCGCAUCUACUCAUCGACUUCGCCGAGGCCAUCGACAUCAAUGUCUUUAGUCUGGGCCGACAUUACUUGAAGCUCGUCGCAGCUCUCAAUGUCAAGUUACCAGUCAUCGAUCCUUCCUUCUACGUUCUUCGCUUCGCUUCUCUCCUCGACUUCGGCGACGAGACGAACAAGGUAGCUCAGGAUGCCACCCGGCUUUGCGCCCGCUUCAAAAAGGACUGGCUUGGCGAUGGACGCAGGCCGGCGGGUAUCUGUGGGGCUGCACUACUUUUGGCGGCCCGAAUGAACAACUUCCAGCGCUCGAUGAACGAGAUCGUCCAGGUGGUGAAGAUGGCAGACGUUACCAUCAGGGAGCGCCUGGAAGAGUUCAAGCGUACCCCAAGCGGCAAUUUGACAAUUCAAGACUUCAAGGAGAUCUGGCUGGAAGAGGAGCACGAACCCCCUGCUUUCUAUCGACCUCAGCUGGAGAAGGAGCUGAAGGGCACGGUUGCGGAACGUUCAGUUCUCAAGCGAGAAAAAGCGGGCAGCAGCCGGGGAGCAGUCAAGGCCCGGAAAAGUGACCUGGGAUCAACGGCUCACCAGCAUGACUCAGAAGAGGAUGUGGAGUCCGACUAUCACUCUCAUGAGGCUGUGAAUAGGGCUGGUCGGACGACUUCCACCGAGUCCGCCGCGGAAGCUGUCCUGCUCCGCAAAGAGGGCGGUCAAGGGCUUUCGAGCGAGAUGGAUGCGCUAGUGGAGGAGGCUACGCGACAAGAGAUCGGCCUUUACACCCAGGACGAGGACUUCAAAAGAUUGGCUGCACAGGCGGAGUCGGAGAGCCUGGCCUCCCAACGGCGAGCUCGACUUGGCACCAAGGCUAUCCUACAGAGCGGAAGAACGUCUGCCCUUGAUGAUUCUGGUGCCAAGACCCCUCUAGUCGGAGACAGAUCCAGUAAGAAGCGCCAGGGAUCCGAUUCUCUAGGCAACACAUACAUCCAGCAGUCAACAGAGAAAAGCGCAACCACCGGAGGUAGCGAUGAGGGCCAUGCUUACGAGAGCCUUCAUCUACCCACACCAGAAGGUUUAGUUGAGGCUCAGGCUGGACCCUCACAAACACCUGUCAAUGCCUCCGUUCGCAACCGUGCUACGAGGGAGACGACUGCUCUCCCUUCAUCGGCAGAGGACGCCACUGCUCCUAUAGACACCCUGUCCGACUUGGACGAAGACGAACUUGACCAAUUCAUCCUUGGCCAGGAUGAAGUACGAAUCAAAGAGCGUGUCUGGAUGGAGUUCAACCAUGAUUACCUGCAGGAUGCUCUACAGCGUCGCCUGAAGGAGGAAGCCGACGUCAAGGCUGGCAUUUUCAAGAAAAGAGGCCACCGGCGACGAGGCAGCACCAAGGGCUCGGUCAGAGAUUCGAACAAUCCUAGCGCUGCUACGGCCGAGGAGGCCACCAAGCAUAUGUUGCUCCGGAAGAAGACCAGCAAGAAAUUGAAUUACGGCGCCAUCGAAAAUCUUUUCAGUGGGCAGAAGGCCGCAACUGGGCGUGACGCCAAGCAGCCUGCUCAUCGGCGUCAUUUCUAUGGCAGCAGCCGGGCCAAGCACGACGAUGGCCAGACGAGUACCGACAUCAGGCGGGCGACGGCUCUCGGCCUUAUAUCGGACGGACUGGAAGAUCUGGAGGAGCCAGGGGCCGCCCUUCCUACCACGCAUCCCCUCCAUCGCAGCAGAGCGGAAAGGAGAAAGAAGGCGAGUAGAAGCAUGGACAGGCUCGAUAGCUUGGCCAGUGGAAGCAGCGGAGAUGAGAGUAACGGACAUGACAUCGGCACUGCGCUCACGGACGGUGCAACGACAGAGGGAGAAGGUGCCGAUGAUGCGGAACUCCUUCCAUGGCAGCAGCAGCGCAGCAAGCCUCGGUACACCGAUGAAUACGGUGACGGGUUCGAUGAUUGA